AGAGCAGGAACUUGGAAGAUGGAUAAUUUUGCUAGUCGCAACCGCCGCCUGAGAAAAUAUUUUCUAAACGACUUCCAUCAAAUCUUAUUUACUGAUACAACUUAACCUCUUUCUGCCUCCUUUGUGCCCGAGAACAUCCAUGCCACGCGACUCUGACCGUGAAUACUUCUCAAGAUCUCGCCGGGCUCAUAAUGGCGUUGACCCACGGUCUAGGAACAGCCGCAGUGACUCUGGAAGGAAAUACGAUGAUGGACCUUCACAACGAGGCGACAGAGGCUCAAACUAUCGUCGGACUGAGGAAGCGCGCUACGGCUACGGAGAGGAAGAGCGGGAACGAGAACGCAGACGAGAUAGAGAGCGCUAUGACCGGGAUGGAGACCAUAACAGAGAUAGAGACAGAGACUAUCACGAAUCUCAAAGGUCAUCGAGGAGGCGUUCUGAAUCACCACACUCACGAUCAUCUCGUCCUCGCUCUCGGAGUCGCUCAAAAUCCCCCGUGAACAAAGCGAAACCGAAUUUCGGUGCAUCUGGUUUACUUGCAGCGGAAACCAACACAGUACAAAGUAUCGAUGGAAAAAAUAGCACAGUCUUGAAAUAUAAUGAACCUCCAGAAGCAAGAAAGCCAGUCUUGGGUUGGCGGCUGUAUGUGUUCAAAGGUGAAGAGCAAGUUGAAUUACUGCAUAUCCAACGACAAAGUGCAUAUCUUAUUGGUAGGGAUCGUCUGGUAGCGGAUAUACCCAUAGAGCACCCCUCGUGCUCCAAGCAGCACGCUGUAAUCCAAUAUCGCCUGGUUCAAGAGAAGGACGAAUUUGGUGGGGCUAAAGGUGUUGUAAAGCCAUUCAUAAUUGACCUUGAAUCCACCAACGGUACCCAUGUGAAUGAUAAUAAAAUACCCGCUUCCAGAUAUUACGAGCUCAAAUUGAACGACGUAAUCAAAUUCGGUACUUCGAAUCGUGAAUAUGUACUGCUACAUGACGAUGCCUCAUAGUUCGUACAAGAUUUAUACCGGCAUGGCCUUUAUCCAGCGUCUCAUCAUGCAUAUGAACCAGCUAUGUACACAAUAGUGAUCACAUUGAACGAAAUCAUGCAAAAUUUAUAUUUCGGGGUAUUAAUGUUUUGCUGGCAAAUCGUUUAUAGGAAACUCCAACUAUGUGGUUGAAGCCGGUGUCGCACUUCUCUUUCGGAACAUCACUUGCGCGAACCCGUUCGGACUGAGACUUGCUCCAUUCCAAUCCGGCUCAGGAUAUCCUCCAUCACCUUCGAACUUGAUAUCAUACGUGACUAGAAUGUGCCCAACAAGUGCCUUGAUCUCGUUGACUGCAAAAAAUCGGCCAGGGCUACGUUUUCA